CACAUAUAUACAUACACAAUGCUUACUUCACUUUCUACAGAGCAUAGCAAUUUCAUAGAUGCAGCAGCAGCAGGCGAGGUGUUAGUAUGGCGCAAUGGCUCAAUUUCCUCCUCCGCCCCUUCCGCCUCAUCAAUGGAGCCAUCGACUUCGCCACAACCUUGCUCUUCCUCCACUUCAUCGUCCUCUGGAGAAUCGCACUCAUGCCCCUCGCUCUCCUCUCCCUCCCCAUUCGUGCCCUAGCUGCACUCCAUCGCCAACGCCUCAUGGAGAUGCAAGUGCAGAGGUUGAAGAAAGCGCUGGAAGCCUCCCUAUGGGACCGGAAGGAUCUCAAGGAACAGCUCGACCGCGCUCUCCACCGCCGUAAAACGGCGGAGAUGAUGCUCGUCGAACUCGACGCCGAGCACGACGAGGCAAUUCUCCAAAUCGAGCUUCUCCUUCAACAGAUCGAGGAAUUGAAGGAAGAAAUCGAGAGAUUAAAGCGCCUCUCCACAGCGCCACAACUUCCCGGCGAUAAUGACAAAGAGCCUCGCCGGAACACUGCCGGAGAUACAAUCUCCGGCGAUGGCGCCGUGGCAAGGCAUAGAGCGGAGGCUCUCUCCCGGAGCCUUUUUAGUUUAACUUUAUGGCUCGGCGUGGGAGCAGUUAUGUGGCAAUCUCAAGAACCUUGCAUCCCUCUCAUGGCUGCGCUUUUCUCCGUCGUCGCAAUGUCUUUGAUGAGCGCCGUCCGAUUUUUCUCGGCGUUCGAGCAUAAACCUGCGCUCGACGCCGCAGUCCUCUUGAGCUUCAAUUGGUUUCUCGUCGGAACUUUGGCGUAUCCGAUGUUGCCGAGGAUUGUCUGGUUUGUAGCUUUACGCGUUCGAGAAUGUACCUAGCUAGUUUUCUUUAAUGAGCCAAGCCAGCCGAGCUGAGCCGAGCCAAAGUGUUUUAUAAAUCAAGUUUUUUUUGGAAGGAUAAGUCGAUCUGAGUUGAGUAGAGUAUUUUUGUAGAAUAUGGCUCUAAUGUAGGAAGUUUGUGUAGCUCUGUUUUUAACUGUGGGGAGUAUUUGAACAUGUUUUUGUGUAAUGGAAAUGCAUGUGAUAUGAUGUAGUGCACUAGCUUUGUUUAUCUUCCCGCACAUUUUUA